UUGAUUCCUUGGCCUCUCCCUUCCUCUUUAUACCCCCCCAAAUUUUAUCUCUCUCUCACAAACACACAGACAUUUGUGUCAGAACAUGAUUCUCCUUUUGUCCUUGUGAGCUUUGAGAGCAAGGAGGACCCUUUGUGUCAGAAUAAAAUCUAUAUAUCUCCAAUUGUUUGCUGGUCUUUUGGUCCAAUAUACCUAACACCCAACUCUCAAUUUCAAAACCCAUUUCCCAAAUAUCCUAAUUCUUGCUUAGCCACUAUGAAUCCAAAGAGCUUGUCUUUGAGGCCUAAAACAAGUGUGAAAUCUAGGUUCACCAAAGGGUUUCUUCAAGCCUUGAAGAGAAUACAAGGGCAAAGAUCUAGGUCACCAAAUGUAUCUUCUCCUAGGGAGAUGUGUAGGAGAUACUUGAGUGUUAAGAUUGCUGCUGAUGCAUCCAUGGCUUCAGCUGUUGGGUCUAGAAGAGCUUGGAGCCGAGCUUUGCUUACGAAGAUUCGAAGCCACGGGGCUCCGCGGGUUUAUAAGUACUCGGCCAGAAGAAUUGAUAACAGUAAGAAGAAGAAGAAGAAGAAGAAGAAGAAGUGCGAGGAUGGUGAGGAGAUUGGUGUUAAUAGUGAGGCGAAUGAGCUUCGAAAGUUUGUGCCAGGUGGGGAAGCCAUGGAUAUUUGCAGCUUGUUGGAUGAGGCUGCCCAUUACAUAAAGUGUCUCAACACUCAGGUAAAGGUGAUGAGAAGGAUUGCAGAUAUUUACUCUGCUGCUUGAUGAUCAUUGAUCAGCUAUGUUCUUAAUUGUGUGGAUUGGUUUAUAUAUAAUAAUUACAAUUUCAAUCAUCCAAAAAGAGAACAAUUAUGAUAUGAAAAAUGAAGUUGCAGUGUAACCAUGGAAGCAAAAAUAAAAUGAAAACAGAAAUAUGUAAUACAACUCUAGAAGUUGUUGAUUUU